AUGGAAGCUGGAGGCUCCGUUGUUUCGUGCUGCGCAGCUGUAGAUGCCUACGUUAAGAAGGGCGCGGGCAUCGAUUUGGUGCUCAAGUCUCUUCUAGGCAUCACCCGGCUGGUGUCCAUUUACAGCAGUGACAAGGAUGUGAGCGAGAAUUACGCCAAAUUUGCCUCAUCCAUCAUUAACUGCCGCAUGCUGGCGAACCACUUUCGCCAUGUUGACUCGUUUAACUCCGGGAUGACAGUCUUAAAGAAAGGUCAGGGCCCACUGUUGCCUCGGGUGCUUCUCAUGGGGUCUUUCUUCUUACGCUCACUGGAGCAGGUCUUUGGGGAUCUGAACUACUACCAGUCGACCUUCAUGCGCCACUGGAACCGAAGGCGCUUGUCCUUGGGAUAUUGGUUCUUUAAAUCACUCGCGUUAACCUGCGGUUUCCUUAACGAACUGUUGCGGUUGAAGGCCACCAUUACGUCGCCUCAGUGGCGCAAGCAAACAUCACAGGAACGCUCAGCGACUCUAAAGGCGCUGUUUAUUUCAAUAGCCCGCUACGUCUGUGACAUGCUGGUGUACUACCAAUGGCUUCCAUGGUACAACCCGUACAAGACUUUUCAGUACGUGUGCGGCUCCACCGCCGGCAUUCUCGGCAUCUAUGUAGUGUGGAACGACACUCAGGCUGCUCGUGCAGCAGAGAAGAAGGUGACCCACCCAAGUAACGGCUCGAAUAACGGUCAAAAGGUGGUGGAUAAUGCAUCGCUCACCAAUACUGCCGCUUCAAAAUAA